AGGGCGGAGCUGGGCAGCCGCGCUCUGCCUGGGGCGAUGUGGGGCUGCGGCGGGCUAAGCAGAGCAGCCCGGGCUCUAGUCGCCCCGCGGGGCCGGAGCCGCGGGGCGGGCCCGCCCCCGCCCGGGAGGAGGCCGGGGGCAGCGGCGGGCAAUGGUGAUUUUGGCUAAUAUCUCAUUCCUGAGGGUCACAAAGGCACAGCGAACAUGGCUGCUGAUGGCUUCCUUAAGCUGCCUGAGUUUGUGUGGGACUAGCUUGUUUACUGCCAUAGUGCCAGCUGAACUCAUCACAGAGUGGCAUGGGAAGGCGUCUUUAUCUCAGAGGAGGAGAGAAAGCUUCCAUCUCUAGAAUUCUUCAGGAGAGGAUUGUAGAAUAUCUCCAUGAAAGUUUCAUCGGGAUCUCUUGAGGAUAAAAGAGACAUCCCUAUUCUGAUAAACAUAGCACUCCCCAUGACCCCCCUCCUAGCCCAAAAAGCCAAAGAAAUGAAAAGUGGACCUGAAGUCUGCCUCGGUUUCUUCCACUGCUACCUGAGCACAUGACACAGAUUUGAUGUGGAUUGUAUAAUCAGACUGCCUUACAACCCUUUUUGAAAUGUAUUUUCUAACAUUACACCAGUACAACAAUGAAAAGUUGAUCCCUUGUUUUAACUUGUGAAUGGGACUGGUGUCAUUUUAAAAUGGGGAACAAAGGUGGGUGGGGGGAAGCACGAGAUGAGGUUUGAGGGAAAGGAAAAACAAAAACAAAAAAAUUGCAAGGAAAACUGCUCGUACGCUUACUCAAAUUCCCUUCCCCUUUGGCAGUGGGUUCAUCUGUGCUCACCUGGUGGGACUGGCUAAACUCCUGCACGGUUUUAGACUGUUCCUAGAUUGUGGCAUGGUUUGAGUUCCCUGCCAUGUCUCUCUCUUUGCUCCCCCUGCUGUUCAUGGCAGGCAUCUCCUUCUCUGGCUCCUCCAUAGUUACUAUCCUGAACACCAUAGUCAAGUCCUGAAAUUGACACUGCUAGAUCGAUGGAAGAAUUCUCCCGUUAACCUAGCAAUGGUCUCUCAAGGAGGUGGAUUAACUACAGUGACGGAAACCCCCCUUCACUAUGGUGCCUACAGACGCAAAGCUGCCACACCGUAGCUGUGCUGCUCAAGCAUUUACAGUGUAGACGGGUCCUAAGAGCUGUACUGUCUUAGUGCAAAGGCAAGAGUCAGCUUCUGUUUUUAGCACACUCUUGGAUCACUUGAUUAGAUCAAAAGAAAUGCAUUCUUCCUUAACCUUCCUGUGAAGUCUUGAAGUAAUUCUUGUUUUAAGGUUGUAAAUUGAUUUAAAUGCUUAUUGUAGUAAUUGGCAAACCAGAUACAUUGUACCAUGGAUCUGUUAAUUGAAUUUCAAUUGGAAUCUUAAUUUGAUUGUUGGAUUAUGUCCUAUUUGAUUAGUUCAGGGAAAUUAGAAAUAAAUCAGUGAUACAUUUGCUUAGCUUUGUAUUUGUUUGCAUAUUCUUUUCAUAAAUACAUAAAAACGGGGGACUGGUUUCUCUCUCAAAACUUUUGUGUGAGAAAACAAUGUAUUCGCAGGUAAAGGUAAAUACAUUGAUUAGCUCCUGGACGCAUAUGUUAAUUAUUUAAAAUCUUAUGACCACUACAUAGUGUUUCAAACCAUUUUGACAAACAGAUCUUUUAUCUCUGAAUGAUCAUAAAGCUGAUGAUUUCCAUUGCACUGAUUUUGUUGUAUAUGCAGGUGACCAUUAUGGUCAGGCUUUUCAGAGAGGUCCCAGGGGCUUCAGUGAGAACUACAGCUGGAAAAUGCAGUUGACAUCCAAUAGUACAAGGUUUGUCUGUCUGACUGAAAUGAAAAGCAGCAUGUCUGCUAUGAAGAGGCUAUACAGUACUUCACACACAACAGUGGAUUCAAAAGAGAUGAAAAAAUUCCAGCUUUUGGCACAUAGAUGGUGGGAUGAACAAGGAGAAUAUUCCACCUUGCAUUCUCUGAAUGAUAUCAGAGUGCCAUUUAUUAGAGAUACUCUAUUGAACAUGAGUAGUGAUCAUCAGCUGGGAAGCCCUCUGUCUGGUGUAAAGAUUCUAGAUGUUGGCUGUGGUGGUGGAUUGUUAAGUGAACCUCUAGGUAGACUGGGAGCUUCAGUUACUGGCAUUGAUCCUCUGGAAGACAACAUUAGAACAGCAGAACAGCACAAGUCAUUUGAUCCAAUCCUAGCCAAGAGAAUACAGUACAAACCGUGUUCACUGGAGGAUAUUGCAGAAGAAGCUACAGAAACCUUUGAUGUAAUGGUUGCUUCUGAAGUAGUGGAGCAUGUGGCUGACCUAGAAACAUUUAUCAAGUACUGCUAUCAAGUGUUAAAACCUGAAGGCUCGUUAUUCAUUACUACAAUCAACAAGACACAGUUGUCCUAUAUCUUGGGGAUUGUUGUUGCAGAGAGAAUAAUGGGCAUUGUACCAGAAGGUACUCAUGACUGGGAGAAGUUUAUUUCACCUGACGAGCUAGAAUGCCUGCUAGACUCAAAUGGCUUUUUAGUCAAGACAGUGAAUGGAAUGUCAUACAACCCCUUGUCAGGGUCCUGGAGUUGGAUUGAAAGCACUAGCAUUAACUAUGCGGUGCAUGCCGUGAAAACUAGGGUAAAAGAACAAUCAAGUUCAAGAGAGCCACCUUCAGAGACAGAUAAGGAGGAGCACCUAGCCGAAGCUAGUGCCAGCACAACUGUGUGAGACACGGUAGUAGACAAGCAGCAAGAAGUUGAAGGAAGAUUUGCAUAAAUGGUUGUAAUAAAACUGUUUGUUUGCAACAACAAGUCUACUGUUCAUAUAAAUGGCAGUUAAGAUGUUUUUGCCAAUCUGUUUCAAUGUAGUCUGGGGGGAGAAUUGCUUAUUCUCUCAGGAAUCAUGUGGGAUUAAGAUGGGAAAGUUUUUGGAGAGCUCUUUUAUGAGAAAAUAAUUUCAAACCUUCAAAUUAUUCUGUCAGUAUUUGUGUACGAUGGCUUUUACAGUCCUACCAAGAAAACACAAGUUUCAACAGGACUCCAGAGAGUAAUGGGCUGAUGCUGAGUUCAAUGUGGAGUCACUUUUAAAAAUGCAAUACACUGUGUAAAUAGAAGGAUUUAAGCAAUUUUUAAAUUAAACUACUCAAGUGCACUGUUCAGAAACUUGUUUCUGUGUUUAAUUAAUUGUUAAAACACCAAAACCCUCUUUUCCUCCUUCCAUUCUGGAUAUUCCAACUGUGGGAAAAGAAGGGACGGGUAGUGACAUAGGAGCUCUUGCUCUGUCUCUGUGCCACUGCUGUGAGCCUUCCACUAGUUACACUAGUACUGCAGUCUGGUUCAGCGGUGGCAACACCACACUUGAGAAUCUGGUCUCUGAAUGUCAACCUGUCACACCCUCCAUAAAUGGGACCUGUUAUCAGGUCCUUCAUAUUUAAGUAAAAUCGUCACAAUUUAAACAAUCACUUUUGUAGCAUAAAGCAGCAGUUAACAGGCCAUCAGUUCAUUUACAAUCUGUCAUAGAAUCUAAAUUAUGUGAAUGGCACAAUCCUUUACCUACUUCACUGAGCUGAUAGGAGGUGUACUUAGUAAAAAGCUAUUCUGCUCUGAAAUGCGAGUCUCUAAAUAAAAUGGUGUUGCAUGUGUCCAUGA